CCACGUAAGCAGUGCCACUGCAGGAGUGCCCCGCCACCAUGACGGGGGCAGCUUUGGGCAUGCCAGGCCAACUGGCCAACGAGUCCCUUGCUGACUACAAACAGCGAUUCCAGACUCAGCUCACACUGAUCGAGGCUGAGGAACAGCGCCAGCUGGCAGCCGAGGCUAUCCGCCUACAGGCUGAAGCAGCGGCAACAGCCGAGAAGCAACGGCUUCAGGCCGAAGCAGACGCAGAUGCCCAGGCUCGCCGAAAGGAAUCCCAGGAUCUGCUGCAGCGACACGAAGCAGCCAGCAUCGAGAGACUCAAGUUCUGGCACUUUGAACCAUCCGAGGGCCACGAUGACGCAACACCGGAAGAGCAACACAAGGAGUUCUUCUCCAAACUCGUGACACGGUUGGUAUACACUUGCAACUACCAACAGUCCGAGUUAGAGAAACAAAACCAGGAACUGCAGCAACAGUACCAGGACAUGAAGAAACAGCACCGGGAGUUGGCGAGCCUCCGUUGGACAAUGCAAAGCCACGAGGAUGUUACAUGGGCACUCAAUGCCUGUUUACUGGACCUGGAGCAAGCUGCACCAGGACCAGAUGCUGGUGUUUCCAGCAGUGCACCCUCUAACCGCCAACUGGAGGAAUGCGUCGACCACGUCGUCGCAAUGCUCGGGGACAUCAGCACCUUCGCUGCGCCAACCACCAUCAGCAGUAAGUUGGAUACCUUGAAGACCGAGGUCCAGCAACUGCAGUUGCCUAACAAGGAUGGCAACAGCACAACGCAUUACAAGAUGCCAACUUUCCAAAUUGAGAAGUUCGAUGACUACACGCAUCAAGACCCAGUACUCUGGUGGGAAGGCUUUACGAUGCAACUUCGGAUUCUAUUCGUCGCCAAGCACGCGCACAUCGGCGCCCUGUUUCUUAACUCAAAGGGCGGAUGCCAGAUCUGGUUAACCCACUUAGCAUCCACCCACGGCGUCGACGUCGCAGAUCUGAAAGACAAGAUCUCAUGGGAAGAGUUAACACGGUUGUGGAAGAAGCGGUUCAUCGUGGACGACACACCAGCACUCGCCAUCAACCGUCUCUUCGGCAUGACGCAAGGCAAGACAGCAACACAUGACUGGCUCACGGAAUGGCAGAAGAUCGCGGCAACGCCCGACCUUGACUUGCCAUUUUCGCAUCUGCGCCGCGAGUUCUACAACCGGUCAUGUGUUGCACUGAGCCUUGCACUGGGUGAUCGCGAGCAAUAUGCUACCUUCGCUGAGAUCAUUGACAAGGCGAGGGAGAUCAUCAAGACAAACAGGGAAGUUGCACACGAGAGGUCAACGUGGCAGCCAACCUAUGUGGAGAAGGUGAAAACUCGUCCACGACCGCAGCAUGUCGUUGCAGUCCAUUCGGACAACAUUGUGGAAGACCCGACAGCCACCCAAGCGUCACGUGAGGGAGAUCAGGUGGCUGCUUUCCAGCCGCGAAGCAACAACAAGUCCCGAGGAAACGGGAAGGCGAAAACCGCAACGCCGGCCGGAAACGGACAACCAGCACCAUGGGUCAAGUUUAACUUGACCGAGGCCGAGUACAAGUACCGCGGUCGUGAGACGACUCCACCUCUCACUCCGCCAGAUUCGGCCGCCUUGCUAGCGGCCUCCUACACAUCUGGGGAGGAUGCGAAUGUCGUGAGUUCUCAGUAUGCUUACGAGGACUAUGCUGUCCACUUGGUCCCACCGUUGGACCAACCGCUCCACGUGCAACAAUCUAUCGCAUGCACGGUUUCAUCACCAUCGGCAACUGAUUCGGCAGCUUCGCCGCCAUCUAUCGUCGGGGAUUCAACGUCAUGGUCAAGACUUGAAGCGCUCGACCCGUUGACGUUUGCGGACUUCCAAUGGAUGACCGUUCCCCCGACCGGUCGAUUGCCGAAACCGCAUUGCAACGUGCUCAUGGCACAAUUGCGGGAUUACUUGCACACUGCAGUACCGACUCCGUUGAUGGACGCCGGAGUAGAGGCUGUCGACCUUCACGCCUACAUUGCGAAGAUCAACCGCGAGUUCAAGACACAACGGUACGAUGACAUCGACGCACCAUUGUUGUAUGUACGCAUUCAGAUCGGAGAGGCGACCUGCAGCGCUUUGAUCGAUUGCGGAGCAUCUCACAACUACAUCAGUCAGGACUUUAUGGUACGCGUCGGCCUUGGCCCACACGUCCGGAGGAAGUCCCAGCCUACGCAAGUCACAUUGGCAGACGGUCACACGCACAAGUCAAUCGACCGGUGCAUUGAUGUGGUCCCCGUGUACUUUGCCCCGCAUGCAAGCGAGGCGGUGUCCUUUGAUAUAUUGGACACCAAAUUCGACAUGAUCUUGGGCAUGUCAUGGCUGCGAAGCGAGGAUCACCCGGUGAACUUCUACCACCGCACCGUUCACAUUCAUGAUCCGAACAGAGUACUAGUCCCAUGCACGGUGCCUCUUCCUCAUCCUUCGAUCAGUUGCCACGUGGUGUCCGCCGCAAGCAUGCGAGCUUCCAUCAUCAGAGACGACAUCGAGGAGAUGGGGGUGUGUCUUCUCCACGCCCUCCCGCCCCAUGACGCUUCAUCGACGGACUCAUCUUCGGAUCCACGCAUCACCGAGUUUCUCGACGUCUACAACGACGUGUUCGAAGGCCCGCACGGAGUAGUACCGGAUCGGCCCAUCCGCCACGAGAUCAUCCUCGAGGACGGGGCCGUACCUUCGCGUGGUUGCAUUUACCGAAUGAGCAAGGAAGAGUUAAGUGUGCUACGGGCACAACUCGACGACCUUCUGGAGAAAGGCUGGAUUCGGCCUAGCUCAUCGGCAUACGGUGCUCUUGUUCUCUUCGUCCGGAAGAAGAACAAGGAUUUGCGGUUGUGCAUCGAUUAUCGCAAGCUCAACGAGCAAACGAUCAGAAACGCCGGCCCUCUCCCACGCAUCAACGACCUUCUCGAACGACUGGGCGGCGCCAAGUUCUUCUCCAAGCUUGACUUCAAGUCAGGAUAUCACCAACUCGAGAUUCGCAAGGAGGACCGCUACAAGACCACGUUUAAGACGCGAUAUGGGCAUUUUGAAUGGCUGGUUAUGCCAUUUGGCCUUACGAAUGCCCCGACCACUUUCCAAGCGGCUAUGACAACGGAGUUCCGACACGUGCUGGAUCGAUAUGUACUUAUCUACCUCGACGACAUCCUGGUGUACAGCCGGAGUUUGGACGAGUAUGUGGAACACCCGCGCACUGUUUUGGAGCGGCUACGACAAGCUAAGUACAAAGCCAACCACGACAAGUGCGAAUUUGCGCGGCAGGAGCUGGAGUACUUGGGACAUUGUGUGACGCCGCAAGGCAUCCGUCCGCUUGGGGACAAGAUCGAGGCCCUACGACUAUCUUCGGAUCACCCGCCGGCCAGCCACUAUCGCAUUGCUGACGGGUACUUGCUCCUCCACUCGAGAGGCAAGGACUUAUUAUGUGUCCCACGAGAGCGUCGUCUUCGGACUCGCCUUCUCAGGGAGUACCAUGACUCGCGACUCGCCGGCCAUUUCGGAGUCAACCGCACUAUUGCACGGCUUCGACAACGAUUCCGAUGGCCCGACCUCAUUACCGACGUCACUCGGUAUUGCGACUCUUGCGAAGUUUGUCGACGAAGCAAGCCCCGCAACCGCAAUCCCUCUGGCGAGUUACGCCCGAUGCCUAUCCCACAGGAACCCGGUCUCUCCAUUGUUAUGGACGUCAUCGGUCCGUUCCCCCGCGACCGGCUCGGGCACGACGGCAUCCUCACGGUUGUGGACCGGUUGAGUAAGUACGCGCGUUUUCUUCCUUGCAAGUACUACUUCCUGGGUCCCGAGCUGGCACGCCUCUUGCACACCGGCUGGAUUUGUGGCCAUGGUGUACCGGAAGACAUAGUCACCGACCGCGACACUCGCUUCAUGUCAGCAUUUUGGACUGCUCUCAUGCAAGAGUCCGGCACGAAGAUGAAACCAAGUUCAGCUCGGCAUCCACAGACGGACGGGCAAACGGAGUGGGCACAUCAAACCGCUCAAAUGAUGCUUCGUACGCUCAUCCGUCCGGACCAGAAAGAUUGGGUUCACCGCCUCCCCGACAUCGAGUUCGCCUACAACACUUCGGUGCACCCGGCGAUCGGCGUGAAUCCAUUCGAGUUGCACCACGGUGGACGGAAAGGCCGUAUCUUCGCCGACCUUCUCCUCCCACGACCAGCCGACAUCGGCGCCGCUUGCUCUCCCGCUUUCGUCCGGAAGUACAGGGAAUUGGUGGCUCAAGCCCGCGCGAAUAUGCAAAAGGCUCAAGUCCACAUGCAGCAGCAAGCCAACAGGCGUCGCGUGCCAUGUCCCAUCCGCGCCGGUGAUCUGGUUUGGGUCUCCGCGGAAGAGUUUGCACURGAACAKGAYGUUUCACGCAAACUGCUUCCCAAGUGGUUUGGACCAUGGCCCGUAACAUCAGCCGCGGGCGAUGAGCCCGAUGGCCCUUCAUUUGUGAUCAACAUCCCGGCGCAUCUGACGGUCCAUCCAGUCUUUCACGCCUCGAAGCUGGCAACAUAUACACCAGCUAAGAGCGACGACUUCCCAGGCCGACGAUCGCAGGACCCUCCAUCUAUGGAUGGUCAUCAGGAGGUUGACCGCGUCAUCACGGAUCGCAAGUACGGCAACAAGCCUCGCCAGUACAAAGUUACAUUCAGAGCAUGCGAUCCCGACGACACUCGGCGGAUGUCAGGAACAGAUUUAAAAGCAUCCGCACCGCUGAUCUACGCUCACUAUGAGCGACAAAGGUUAGCUCAAGGACCUUCACGACCUGCCCCUCCCACCCGGACUGUGGUCCCUCCCUCAGACAGACAGCUUCGCCCUCGCAGGUAAGCUCGGUUCUUCAAGGAGGGGGGGGUGUGGCAUACUGCAUAGCCACACGGGCCUGCAGGGCCCGUCCCGCAUUUCCAGCCU